ACAAUGAAAAAUAAGGAACACUGAAGAAGAAAGGGCAAAACAAAGAGAAAUCUAUUGAAAUUGCAAAAUAAAGAAUUAAAAAAAAAAAGUGGAUUCCUCACCGCAAUUUCUCAUUGAGCACGCAACAAAUUCAGAGCUUUUAUACUUUUCUCUUUUUCUUCAACAAAACACACACCACACCAAACCUCGUUUCUUCUUCUUCUUCUUAUUAUUAUUCUUCUUCACCGAUUUCAUCAAUCACAUGGGUAUUUCGUGGAGUAGUAGUAGAAGAAGAAACAAUUUCAUUCAGAACCCACCUCCACCACCGGCACUGCCACCUCCUUACUAUUAUUCUUCAGCAUCUCAUCCUCCUCCUCCUCCGCCGCCGCCGCCGCCUCCUCAGCCGCAAGGUUACUUUUUUCCGUCAACAACACCUUACACCCCACACUCAACUAGCUAUGUCACUCCCCCUGCUUUGCCACCACCACCUCCUCCUCAGAACCAUUCAUUCUAUUACACCAAUCCCAAUGGGUACAACAACUAUACCAACUCUAUGAUGGGUGGCCUUCAUUGCCACCCUUUCUAUGUGAAUCAGAAUCAUGGUGGUGGGUGGGGUGCAGUUCGUCCUUCUGCUGCCACUGCAUCAUCCACCCCACCUCCUUAUGUUGAUCAUCAAACUGCUAAGAAGAUCAGGAACUAUGUCAAUGUUCAUAAAGACACCUUGCGGCUUGAGAUUGAUGAGCACAACCCUGAUCACCACCUCGUUUCAUUCGUUUUUGAUGCUCUCUAUGAUGGCAGCAUUAGUAUCUACUACUUUGCCAAGGAAGAAGAAAAAUGUAGGUUUGUUCCUCUAUUUCCUGAUGCAUUUCAGCCAGUCAGAAUCCCCUUUCAGAAAGGAGCUGGCCAGAAAUUUGCUCAGCCUUCAGGAACAGGGAUUGACUUAGGCUUCUUUGAGUUGGAUGAUCUUUCAAAGUCCUCACCUAGUGAAGAUGUCUUUCCUCUUGUAAUAUGUGCUGAAACAUGUUUGAGAACUCCCUCAUCAGAUGACACUCCUGAUGAUUCCAUGCUAGAUGCAUCCCCUCACAUGCAAAUAACUCAAGGUGUCUUAGAGAAAAGCAAUGGUGGUGGUCCUUUCCAGAUUAAAGUAGUUAGGCAGAUUCUUUGGAUUGAUGGUGUUCGAUAUGAGUUGAGAGAGUUAUAUGGUAUAGGAAGCUCAGCAGCAACCGAUUUUGAUGACAAUGAUCCUGGGAAGGAGUGUGUAAUAUGCAUGACUGAACCAAAGGAUACUGCUGUCUUACCUUGUCGACAUAUGUGUAUGUGCAGUGAGUGUGCUAAAGCUCUGCGGCUUCAAUCCAAUAAAUGCCCUAUAUGCCGUCAGUCUAUUGAGGAACUUAUAGAGAUCAAGGUUAACAAUGGUGAUCAAUGAGUAUUUUCUCGUGAUGCUAAGUUGAAUUGCAUGACAUUUCCAAUAAAUUCCUUGGUUGUUUUGAAGAAAAUUUCCCCCUUUUUACAUGUCUGCAGUCAGGUUAUAUAUAUCAAUUUUAUUUUAUUUUUGUAAAUUUUAGUACAUAAUCUGUUUAUAGUUCUUGUCUGUGACUGAAAGGUAAUGGGUUUGAAUCCAAGAAAAUCUCUUUGCAAAUAUGUAAGGAUAAGAUUGCGUACAAGAAUGACUCUCAUCCCUACCCUCAAUAGUUGAGGUUUAAUGGGGAGUGGUUUAAUCUGUCUAUAAUUUUUGUAUGAUGUGUUUGAGGGAAAAUUAGAUCAUAUGCGCUCUCUGGGUGAUUGAAUGUUGCUCCCGUGUCAUCUAUAUUGUACAGGUGAUCAUGUUUCCAUAGUUUUGUCUGUGUGGUGUUUCAGAGAUCAUUUGCCUAGUGUUUGCUGAACAAGGGAGAAAUAAAAUAACACCUGAUUUGGUUGCUGGAAAACUUCCUUUAUUUAUCAUGAAGGUGAAGCUUCUUCCCUACUGAAUUAUGUGUGAAAGCUAUCACAGAUUUAAUCAUGUAGUCAUCAAUCGAUGUUUGAACCAGUUGGUACAGUCUCAUUAACGUGACGUGAAAUAUUGAAUACAAAGAGAAGGACUAGGUGUUGGACGUUCUUUUUCUUCUAUUUACUAGCGAGAGGUUAAACUAAUCCAAAUUUGUCCCUGCCCUCAUCCCUUCUACAUUUCCUCUCCCAAAUAUAACUAGAUAAUGAGGUACAGGUAUGAUGCUUUAUUAGCGCUUGUGAGCUAUUAUAUAUUGUAACUUUGUAAGGUCCUGCUUGUUUGGA